GCUUGAUCGCCUGGUUCGAUCGAUAUAAAAUCCAGCCCAGGUCAAGAACUCCUUCUCCGACAUGUUCUGCUGCUACAGAGACGUCAUGAAGAUGUUCAUUUCGUCGGCCCUCUGCAGCUCGUCUCCUAUCCUUCGAUCCAGGUAACCCGUCUCAACUCUCCUCCGCCAUGGAAUCAAGCUUUUCCGUCGCCGGAUCCUCCACCAUCGUGCUCCAGAUCCGGGAGAGAAAGCUUUUGGCUUCCAUGGAUGUUCCUUCUCCGAAACUCUCUUCCUUUAUAUAUACAAAAUCCACUCUCAUUUCUACAUCAUCAACUUACAAAACCCAUCUCUCAAAAUUCUCAAUUUCUCUCACUCUAUAGCUCAAAUGGCGACUCCUCAAUCCUCAACCAGACCAACCCACCAAAACCCACAACCCACUUUCCACGACCUCUUCCCCGCCAUGGCCGGAAAACUCGGAGGAGAAGGUCUAAUCGACGAGCUCUGCAAAGGCUUCGAGCUCCUCAUGGACGGAGACAAAGGAGUCAUCACUUUCGAGAGCCUGCGGCGAAACGCAUCAGCGGUUCUUGGGCUCGGAGAUCUGACGGACGACGAUGUAAGGUGUAUGAUCGACGAAGGGGAUUUCGAUCGAGACGGUGCGUUGAAUCAGAUGGAGUUUUGUGUGCUCAUGUUUAGGCUUAGCCCUGACUUGAUGGAUGCGUCACGCUUUGUCGUCACGGAGGCGAUCGAGGAGGAGUUUGGUGACCGAACACAUGGGCAUUGAUAUCCCAUCAGAGGCUUUGACAUAAGUUUAACCAAUUCCUUUUAUGUUUUUCUUAUCCUUUCGAUUAUUGUUGCAAUUCGUAUAAAAUUCUUGCAUGUUAUAUAACCGAUAUGGAAAAAAUUCAUUGAGAACAGACAAAAAUACAAGUAUAUAAUUAGAUGCAAA